UCAGUCUAUAUUUGUUAAUCUAAAGUCUAAUUAAUAAAAUAAUGUACUCACUAGCUAAUUGCAUUAUUGCAUUUCUAUUAAUUAAUUAAAAAUCAGAAAAAACAUGGUAUGUAUUUGAUCCAAUGGAGACUUGUGUUACUUCGAUCUACAGUACGUACCAUGUCUUUUUACUCGCCAGAUAUCAUCCAGCAGAUCUCAAACCUGUCAGUUUUAGCUAAUAAAUUGUUUCUUUGAGAAUAAUUUUAUCAAAAUAGACUAUUAAUUAACCUACAACCAUACAGAAUACUGCAUGCGCUGCUGUAUUAAAUGAGGCCAUUUCAUACUUUUGGAACAAUUUAAUUGAUCUAUAUACCCUACUGCAAAUAAAAACAUAAAACGCAUGCAGACCUAAGCCUGGUUCACAAUAUGAGGCCGACGCUGAGUUGAGCGUCAAACUUCAAAGAAACCGCCUCGACGUCGGCGGCAUCCUUUGAUGUUGACGCCGACGUCGACGCUGGAAUAGGAUUCAUUUCUAUUGUCGACGUCGGCGUCAAUAUUGUAAACCAGGCUUUAGAGUUAUCUCUUCUGACGAUGACCAUGAAUCUCCGUCAUGUUAGCCAACCGGCUAGACAAUGAAUGUGUCUAGGUACAAUGUACAAUACAGAUACCUGAUUAUGGCAUUGGUGUAAAAGGAUAAUGAUUUCCUGGCACUUCGGUCCGUGCAGAUGUGGAUGUAGAGAUGGAUGCAUAACGCACGCUAACGACACGUCAAAGCUGCAGAAACUUCAAGCUAAGCGUACGUAAAUGUAGAGAAACUCUACACAUAAUGUACGGUUCAGUACCGAUCGUUGAGUCUUGAGAUCUGAAAGCCCGGAUAUGAAGUCUAGAUUCUUGGUUGCUGCUUGUGUGAGAGCUGUGUUGAUCGCUUAUGGAGAAUGGCAAGACUCAGCUCUGCAAGUUCGAUAUACAGACGUUGACUAUGAGGUAUUCACAGAUGCUUCAAGAUUAAUAUUAGAAGGGAGCUCUCCAUACAAAAGACACACGUAUAGAUACAGUCCCCUGCUUGCUCUUAUUCUCUUGCCAAACGUUGUAUUACAUCGCUGCUUUGGAAAGAUGGUAUUCAGCGUUUGUGAUUUGAUCAUUGGAUGGCUUGUUGAGAGGAUUCUCGUUAUUCGAGGGCUUUCGGCGUCACAGACACAUCUCUUCUCUGCUGCUUGGAUGUUCAAUCCUCUCACAGCAACUGUUUCAAGUAGAGGAAAUGCAGAGUCUAUAUUGGGAGUGCUUGUUCUUCUUACAAUUGUUCUUGUGAUGGAGCAGCAUGUUGCGCUUGCAGGUGUUGUGUUUACUCUUGCUGUUCACUUCAAGCUGUAUCCUGUUAUCUACAUGCUGACCUUCUAUUUGUUUCUUGAUUCUAAUUACACUGGACAACAGACAAGAGAACAGUCUAUUGUGUCCAUUGUACCCAAUCGUGUGCAGUGGAUUUUUGUGCUGACGGUGACUGCAACUCUAACAACGAUCACGGCACUAUUUUAUGCACAGUAUGGCAGUGAUUUCCUACAGGAAACAUAUCUGUAUCAUUUCACGAGGAAGGACACUCGUCAUAACUUCUCCCCUUAUUUCUAUAUGUUUUAUCUCAUGUCUGCAAAUGUUCAUGAAACAUCAAGUUUCACUUCUCAUUUUGGUUCAGUUCUUGUGUUUCUACCUCAACUUGUGUUGUUGCUUGUCACAUCCCUGUUGCUACACAGAGACCUAACACUAUGCUGUUUUGUGCAAACGUUUAUUUUUGUUUCCUUCAAUAAAGUCUGCACAUCACAAUAUUUCUUGUGGUAUUUAUGGCUGCUUCCACUGAUUCUACCCUACAGCAAGUUGCAAGGACGUUGGACUGGGGCAAUACUUGUAUUACUGUGGUUCACAGUCCAAGGUCUUUGGCUCAUGCCAGCAUAUUUGUUUGAGUUCCAAGGAAUUGAUACAUUCAUUUUCAUGUGGACAGCUGGACUUGUUAUGUUUGCAUGCAACAGUGUAAUACUGAUCAUUGUACUACGAAAUCACCAAUAUUUACCAGCAUUUCAGUAUGGUAAAGUAUGUCAAUAUAAAGUAUAGCUACACCUUGGAAACAUGGAAGCAACUUUAUGAU